AUGGAAACAAAUCACGACCAUGAGCUUCCACUCUUACAAGGACAGGCCAAUGAUGCAUCCAACAAUAACAACGCUACCAACACCAACAAUAGUGUUGGCGAGGAUGAUUUGAUUGAGUCUGAGCUUGGGUCUGAGAUUGACCAUGUCAUAGGAGCAGUUGUUGACUCCAAAGAAAAGAAGAAAGAGAAGCAACACAAUAUCACUCAACUUCCUGGAAACAACGAUGUUCCGAGCUAUGUGAUUUCAAGUGGUCUCUACUUGGUUCUGGGAGCUGUAUUGAAAAAACGCCUUGGAGCAAAGCGUGUUGCUUUUUCAUUCUACAAUACUUUGAAACAAGCAAUGGAGACUGUCCCAGAUGAACUUCCAACUAUCAUUCAACAAAGAUUUGAUUUGGUAAUCCUUGGUGAUGACAAAGAAUUGCGGUACUUUGAUAAAUUGGAUGGUUUGACUGAUCUUCCCACACUGGAGCAAGAAACCAGACAUUACAAUACGGUAUAUCAUGGUCUUGCCGAUCGGAUCAACAGUGUGUUUUCAUCAUUGCGAACCAAUGAUCAUAUUAAAUUUUUUCCAUCAUUGGAGUUACAAGGAUUAAUCAACAACCGAAGAAAAUGCGAUAAUCUCUUGUCAAGUUUCAGACUUCCACGAUAUUAUUUCACAUUUCGAGUUCAAGCGACUACUGACUCGUGGAGAAACUGGUUUAUCACAAUCCGCAAUGGGACCAGCAUGGUGUUUGCAACCAUGUUGCAGCUUAGGAAGGUAUCAUCGAUUAUGCUGGGAAGACCAAUAGACAUUGAAAUAGAAAGGACAUUUCUCGUUAUCACCUUUGAUGGGACGUGA